GCUCCGUGUGUGUUCGAUGGUGAUGUUGCCCUACGCAAGAGCUACUCUAGCGCGACGAGCUUGGACCCUCAGACCCUUGAUUGAGGGCUGGGGUGCGUGGGAUGUUGUCUCGUUGAAGCAUGAAGAAGAUCGCAGAAUUGCCGAUAACACCACGUCGCACAUACUGCUUCCCGAAGAAUACGAGACGUGCCUCUCUUCGCCUUGUACCCUGAACGUGCCUUGCCCGCCGCUGCAACGAUUGCAACCGUGUACCGCGGGCGCAUGCGAUUGAUGCGGACUCCCGCCGAACCAUAUGCCUGCACCUUCCACCUCGCUGGAAUCUAGUACGCCGUCCCAAGGUCAAUCACAGGCAUGGAUCCGGCGCUGACGCUCAAUGCAGCUGACUACGAUCCCAUCGACCAUCUCAACGCCCUCUUCUCCCACCCCGCCACGCUCUCCUCCGUCUCUGCCACCUCCGACGCCCUUCGCAACUACCAGGAUGACCUUGACGAAGACAUUGCCGGCAUCGUCGCCUCCCAGUCUAGCUCAGACGCCGACAGCGUCCAGCGUAUACAGGCUGCAAAGGCAGAGCUGGCUGAUCUCUUCAAGAAGAUUGAGAGCGUCCGGGAGCGGGCCAUGCAGACAGAACAGACCAUCACCGAGAUGACUGCAGACAUAAAGCGUUUGGAUAGCACAAAGAAGAACCUGACGCUCUCUAUGACGGCGUUGAAGCGACUUCAGAUGUUGACGACAGCCUACGAACAAUUACGGAGUCUUAGCAAGUCGCGACAGUACAGGGAAUGCGCACAACUGUUGCAGGCUGUGAUACAACUUGUGGCACACUUCAAGAGUUAUCGCUCUAUAGACCAAAUUGCAACCUUGAGUCGCAAUGUGGCGGACGUACAGGGCGAAUUGCUGGAGCAGGUCUGCGAGGAUUUCGAGGUGACAUUCGCCAAGGGGGAAACGGCGUCACGAAAGGCCAUGCUCGCGGAAGCCUGUCUGGUUAUCGAUGCGCUCGGAGAACAUGCCCGCACGAGGCUCAUCAACUGGUAUUGCAACACGCAGCUGCGCGAGUAUCGCCAGGUCUUCCGGGGCAACGAUGAAGCUGGAUCAUUAGACAAUAUUGGACGAAGAUACAGCUGGUUCAACCGGAUGAUGAAGACAUACGACGUCGAACAUGCCUCCAUCUUCCCGGCCUAUUGGCGGGUGAAUGAGAUGCUGGCCAACUCGUUCUGCGAAGGAACCCGUGAAGACUUCAAGUCCAUAUUACAAAAGUCUGUGCGGAGAGGCGAUGGGCAGAGUUUGGAUGUCGAACUGCUUCUCUCGUGCUUGCAGGAGACACUUGACUUUGAACACAGUUUAGAAAGGCGGUUCGCUAAUGAGUCUCGCUCUUCAAUGGACACAGUAGCCUCCAAGGACGACCGGUCGCAUGGCUUUAGUCAGGCCAUCUCCGAGGCUUUUGAACCCUACAUGAGCCUCUGGGUCGAAUCUCAAGACAAGCAACUCGCCAAUCUCAUACCAAAGUACCGGCAACAACCCCUCCGAAACCCAGAGGAGGAUUUCUCCCCUCAAGCUGUGAUACCCUCAUCGACAGAGCUGUUCCAAUUCUAUCGUUUGACAUUGGCACAGUGCGCUAAGCUUUCGACUGGAACGAGGUUACAGGAGCUAUCCAUGACCUUUGCCAAGUACCUGGAUCAGUACGGGCAACAGGUGCUCUACUAUUUUCUUAGCGAGAAAGCAGGAGCUCAAGGACCUUCCGUCGAAGACGCUGUCCUCAUUCUCAACACUGCAGAUUAUUGCUAUAUGACCUGCAACCAACUGGAGGAGAAGAUCAGAGGCCGCAUAGACGAGGACUUUAAGGAAAAGGUUGAUUUGCAGAGUCAGGCUGAUGCCUUCAUGGGUAUCGCUAGUGCCACAGUCCGAAUGCUCGUUCGAAAAGUCGAGAUGGCGUGCGAACCUAGCUGGAGGGAGAUGCGAAAUACACCUUGGGCAAAGCUCGAGAGUGUUGGCGACCAAAGUAGUUAUGUGGCUGAACUUUUGCGUAACGUAAAGGAAAGAUCUGGAGAGAUCCUGAAGCAUCUCCACAAGCAGCAGUAUGCGCGAGCUUUCAGCGACAACCUUGUCGAUCUUAUGGCUUCCACGUACAUUGCGAACAUAAUGCAGUGCAAGCCAAUCUCCGAAGUUGGAGCGGAGCAAAUGCUGCUGGAUUCCUACGUGCUGAAGAAGGGUUUCACGGAGCUCCCUACCCUCAAUGAGGAGCCUGGUACAGCGCCACCGGCAAGCUUCAUCAAACGCGUAAAUCAGUCCAUGUCCAAGAUCGACCCUCUUCUCAAAACGUUGCAAGUUCGUCCUUCGCCGCCAGAAGCCCUCGUGCAAGCCUACCUUAUCCAUAUUGCCGACAAAUCCGACACCAACUUCCGCAAGAUUCUUGAUCUCAAGGGCAUCCGCAAGGCUGAGCAAACUCAGCUUCUCGACCUCUUCUCUGCCUUCCGUGCAUCGCCCAACCACGAAAACCUCGUGCAGAACUCGCCCUUCCUUACGCCACUGCAGAUCCAGGCUGCAGGUAGCGUUGGAAGUACGGCAGGAAGCGUCAUGGGCACGAUGGGAACACCGAGUCUUGGUGGGGGCAGGUUCGACGCAGCAGGCUUGGGUAACAUGCUCGUCAAUGCCGCAAGGGAUGGUGUUGAUCGAUUCGGUAGUCCUGCGCCGGGUCAGCAGCAGGCUGGAGGUGCGGAUGGAGGCGCGAACCUGGAGAGUAAUUUGAAGAACAUUGGCAAGUUCUUCAGGAGGGAUGUGGGAGGGUUCAGAGGAUUUGGACGGAGUGAGGACGGACGAUAGACGAAGUUGAGAGUGAUAUGCGCCAUUACAGUUGGGCAGAACAUUGAAGCAGCAAUAGAUUUAUAUCAAACGCUCAUAAUCUUAACACAAUAGGGGUAUCACAAUCCAUGUUCCGCAUCCGGUCCGCAAGUCGGCAACUUCAAGAGGAAACGAACAAACCGUCAUCACUUUGCUCUUCCUCCCUCUCUGGAUCCCUCAUGUAAACAUCAUCAUGUCCAAUCAGCCCGUCCCCGUCACUUAUCACCAUGGCCUCUCUUCGUCUCCUCCUCACCUCAUCCUGAGAGCCACCGCCCAUUCUAGGCUGGACGACAUCCCACCUGAACCCAUG